CUAUUCUUCUCCGACGACUAUUAGUAGAAAAUUUGACUGAUAUCGAUCCUACGCACCAACCCUGUUUGCAUUCUUUUGAUCUUCCACAGCUUCUCAUUUCAUCCGUUUUCACGCUUCAAUUUCUUCGUUUUUUCACAGAGAAGGUUGAAAAUCCGUCUGGGAAAAUGGCCUCUCACUUCCUUGUUGCUGCAUCGUCGACUUCUCCAGCCAUCAAUGGCAGAGUUGGGGAGGAACUGCCUGGACGCCUUUCACUAAAGAGAAAUCCAAGAAAUUUGAGGUUCUCAAAUGGUUAUAGAACAAGAGCAGCAUCGAAUCGUAAUUUAAAGCCAGUCGAGGUCCCGCGUCGAUGGUACAAUCUGGUUGCAGAUCUUCCUGUAAAACCUCCUCCUCCGUUGCAUCCCAAGACUUUCCAACCAAUCAAACCCCAAGAUUUAUCACCUCUCUUUCCUGAUGCAUUGAUUGAGCAAGAGGCCAGUACUGAUCGGUACAUAAACAUCCCCGACGAAGUUGUUGAUAUCUACGGGCUUUGGCGCCCGACUCCUCUUAUCAGAGCCAAGAGGUUAGAGAAGCUUCUUGACACGCCAGCCCGAAUUUACUACAAGUAUGAAGGAGUCAGCCCUGCCGGAUCACAUAAAGCGAACUCUGCUGUUCCACAGGUUUGGUAUAAUGUACAGGAAGGUGUCAAGAAUGUUGUUACAGAAACUGGGGCUGGUCAAUGGGGAAGCGCUUUGGCCUUUGCUUGUAGCAUAUUCGGUCUCGGUUGUGAGGUGUGGCAAGUGCGUGCUUCUUAUGAUCAAAAACCGUAUCGACGACUGAUGAUGCAAACUUGGGGGGUGAAAGUCCACCCAUCUCCUUCAGAUCUUACAGAUGCAGGUAGAAAAUUGCUUCAAGUCGACCCCUCGAGCCCGGGAAGUUUAGGAAUUGCCAUUUCAGAAGCUGUGGAGGUUGCAGCUCUGAAUGCUGAUACCAAGUACUGUUUGGGAAGUGUCCUCAACCAUGUUUUGCUUCACCAAACCGUCAUUGGUGAAGAGUGUCUAAAACAAAUGGAAGCUUUAGGCGAGAGCCCGGAUGUCAUCAUAGGAUGCACCGGUGGUGGAUCAAAUUUUGCUGGUCUUAGCUUCCCGUUCCUCCGCGAGAAACUUGCUGGGAAAAUAAACCCCAUUCUUAGAGCAGUUGAACCCGCAGCCUGUCCUUCGUUAACAAAAGGCGUCUACGCUUACGAUUUUGGCGAUACAGCCGGGAUGACUCCAUUGAUGAAGAUGCACACCCUUGGUCACAACUUCAUUCCUGACCCAAUUCAUGCUGGUGGAUUACGGUAUCAUGGUAUGGCUCCAUUGAUCUCACAUGUCUAUAAUCUCGGUCUUUUGGAAGCUAUAUCACUUCCCCAGACAGAGUGCUUUCAAGGUGCAAUACAGUUUGCUCGAUCAGAAGGACUAAUAGCAGCUCCCGAGCCAACUCACGCCAUAGCUGCAACGAUCCGAGAGGCUCUUCGGUGUCGGGAAACCGGAGAAUCGAAAGUUAUUCUCACAGCCAUGUGCGGGCACGGUCACUUCGACUUGCCAGCUUAUGAGAAGUACCUGCAAGGAGGGAUGACAGAUCUUUCUUUUGCAGAGGAGAAGAUCCAAGAAUCACUMACCACCAUUCCUCAGGUGGCUUGAACUUGAACUCAAAAGAUUUCAAGGCUUGUGUAGCUUUAAUGAGGCUCUAGAUUUACAGAUUCAUAUGUAGCGGAUCUAGAUGUCGUUUUACGAGCUAACAAAUCGUUAACGGGUCGUUUGCUUGCAAGAAUCUCGAGUAUAUGUUUGAUAUCUUUAGAGGACUGAAAACCAGAGAUAUUAYGGUGUAAGAUUGUUGUGUUUCUUUGCCAUGUUUUGUUAGUAAGAAUCUUAUAAAAAUUAUUAGAGGCAUUUAAUGUUCUAAAAAAA